AUGUCUGCUGAAGUUGAUGGUCGCUUGCUGAUGACAUUGCGAAACUCUGGUGCACCUGUUGCCAAAAUGCGCAGACUGUGGCAUCUGCGAAUACAGCAGGGGUACAUCGAUGCAUAUGGUUUCUGUGCACUCUGGCUGCCAAAAUUUUCUGCUGCACAGCAAGGUCUUGGCCCAGGACAAGAGAUUAAUGUAUUCUUUCCUGUGAGUGAAUCCAGGGCAAAAGAGGUGGAUUGGCUCAACAAGCCACCUGCGGUGGUCUUUGUUCCAAUCAAGUGUGUGCAAUCUGUCCAAAUCGAGGGUUACCCCAGCUUGUCGACUAUGCAUAAUGAAUGUUCAGUCUACACAAUGCCUUUAUUAAGGUAUCCAAAGAGCCCUGAUCGCAUGUAA